UUCGAUAUUCUAGGUCGAUGACAUGAUAGUCGAGUCGUCUUUCUAACCUGACUAUGGGACAGGCAUUCGUCAAGAACUGGUCAUGACCGCGGAUAGUGGGUCGUUCUCCACAGCGUCAGGUAACUCUUGUGGAGCCUGGGUGAGACAAGCAAAUGACCGUGGGCAUUGGAAGUACUUGUUUGACAUGCUCUAGACUGAUCGACAUGUCAUUAUCAGUAAUUUGAUUCGUGGUAUAUAAGGCGCAAAGUCAACGGUACAGCUUUCUCUCAUAGCGUCUUGCAAGUCAUUCACUUACAUUCCUUUCGACACUUCUAUUCGUUCCAACUCGCUUCAUCGACUGAAGUCAUUCUUCCACACUCUUCAUUGAAUUCGAAGCUUAAGUUAUCCUUCACUACCACGAUUCCUGCUAAGUAUCGAAUCCGUUGGCAAUGUCUUCUUCAAAGAUUCAAGUUGCCGCUCUUGUUGGAGCAUUGGCAUCCUCUGUGUCAGCCCAUGGCCACUUAAACGCCAUUACGGUUGAUGGUACUCCUUACACGGCUUACGACCCGAGCUUCCAAUACCAGAGCCCUGCGCCGGAGGUCAUCGAAUGGUCCUGCCCUGAGUGCCUGGACAAUGGGUUCGUUGAGCCUUCUAUGUAUGGCGACGCUACCAAGAUUGCUUGCCACAAAGACGCCACCGCCGGAGGAAAGGUUGCCUCCGUCAAGGCAGGCAGCAAGAUCGACAUACAGUGGACCACCUGGCCAGAAUCGCACAAGGGUCCCGUCCUUGACUAUCUCGCCAAGGUCGACGAUGCAACCUCCGCCAAGUCCACCGACCUGCAGUUCUUCAAGAUCGACGAAGCCGGUUACGAAAGCGACCAGUGGGCUACUGACAAGCUCAUCGCAAAUAAUCAGACCUGGACUGUCACGAUCCCUUCUGACAUUGCGGAUGGCCAGUACGUUCUGCGCCACGAAAUAAUCGCUCUGCAUUCGGCAGGGCAAGAGAACGGCGCCCAAAACUAUCCCAAGUGCAUCAACAUCGAGGUCACUGGUGGAGGCUCCACUAGCCCGACUGCCACGGCUGCCAACAAGUUGUACACCGAGGAUGACGCAGGCAUCAAGGUCAACAUCUACAGCGAUGCUUCCAGCUACAAGAUUCCAGGCCCAGCCGUGUACUCUGCCUCUGCAAAGAGGUUCGUUUCUUUCGUCAGGAAGAGCAUCUUCGGCCUCGGCCGUGAGCACCCGCGCGAGUUCUAGAUGUCGUGACUUCGAUUGGCUGGCUAGUGGCGGGUUCGAUGGUCUGUGAUAGUUGGAGAGUUGUUUUCACUUCUAUUGUAUAUACUAUUCAUGAGAAUCUGCAUGACUGCGACAUUGUCGACCUCGCUAGAAUAU